GUUGAGAACUGCGCUCCCUCUGUGCUUCACCGGAGUAGACAUAAACAAAUCAUUAAAAGCUAAAGGUUUAGUUUUCUACAGUAUCAUAUGCGUUGUCAUCGGCAGAGUUUUCUGUGGCUAACGGAGAGGAUAGAUCGCUCCUCUGGGAAGACGUCGAAAAGUAACUAAGCCUCACUCGGCUGCAGGUAGCACUUUCGGCUCUGAAUAUCAAAGUGCAGGUCAUGCGGGUGUCUUCGGACGGGCAGAGAACUGUGAUCCAGUGCUGCUGUUACUGCUAGUGACUCCGGUGGACUGAUCGCUUUUGCCGCAAGCUGAGCAGGAACGACGGAAUAAGCAUGUCCCGAAGAAAGCAGAGCAAACCCCGGCAGAUCAAACGCUCUAUUGGGGAUCUUAAUGGAGGUGAGGAUCCAUCUGAUGAUGUAAGCAUGUCAGGAGAGGAGGGCGGAGCUUCAGACCAGGAGGACUCUGCAGAGUGUGACGGUUCAAGUCCACCUUCAUUUACACCACUUUAUAACGAAGAGCCAAGAACGCACGAGUCCAUUUCGGUGCCGGAUGAGGGUGGGGAAGAUGAGAAAGGAACGAAACGCUGUGCAGAAGAUGAGGAGGAGGAAGGGGCAGAUGGGGAAGGGGAACCCCAGUGGAACGGCCCAGGUCAGUCUCUAUCUGUCCCUGGAGUGUUUAGCUGAUGCAUGAGUCACUGGCUUCUCAGGAAGGGCCAGCCGUACUCAUACUGUCAGCUUGGCGGCCAUGACUUUAUCAAGCUUCACAUUUGAAACAGAAAUGAGUCAGUCUGAACUGCCUGUAAAUUUUGUAGUAAGUACUGUCAUUCUCGUAUCUCUUUUGUGAACCUACUGUACACUUCCCAACAAUUAAGGCCCCGAUAUACUUCAAACAAAAUCGAAGAACAAACUGAUGUGACAUCAUAUCAAACAAAAUCAUGCCAAAACGAAGUUUGUUUUGUUUUCGUUUUGGGAGUUCGAAACGGCUUGCCAAAGCGAACUCUCCUGAAAAGUUCGCUCCAGCUGCAAAACACCUUCGUACUGCCAUUGGUCUGUGAUAACGUAAUAGGAGGUGUGUGCUGAGGCCCCGCCUUCUUUCAUGCGAAACUCUUUUCUGGCUCGUUUCAUCUGUUGAGUCAGUCGAGGUAAGAUCUCCAUGAGUGAAAACAUGAAUACACUGGAGAACCGCUUUAUAGUAAAAAGUGAAGUUGUGCUUCUGAUGAAAUGAGACACUGACACUGUUUUUCAUGUUUGAUACUGUAAAGCUGCCUAGUUUGAAGCAAUCUAUUGAAUA